AAUGUUUAGAAGCGAUCGAGUCGAGAAUCGAACCCUCGAUCCAAAGUUCGACGCUAUGAAAGUAUGAUAUUCUGUGUAAAAUCAAAACAAUGGCUCGAGAAUAAUUGUAGUAACUACUGCACUUCAGUUGAAAAGAAAGAAAGAAAGAAAAAAAUAAAGAAAAAAAAGACAAGUGCUUGAGUCGAGAUUUGCACCGCGUUCGCUACGGUUCGCUAAACUGCACUCUGGAAAAAAAUAAUAAAUACAAAAAAAAAGAAAUAAAGUCGCUGCAUUUUAUAACCGUGCGAUAGUAAUGGGAAUGGAUGCAUUUGUGAAGAAAAAUAUGCAGCGUACCGUGAAAAAAAAAUCAAUUUACUASUACUUACGGUGGUAAACCUUGGAUUUCAAGACGGUCGAUGCCCUUAUGGCCCAAAGUGCGUGAGGUGASUUUUAAUAAAACUUACUUUAAUACUGGGUUGCCUGUGCUUUCAAGAUGGCUGAUAUUUAUGAUGUUUGUGUGGUUGGUGCAGGAAUUGAAGGUAGUUCUACAGGUCGAUACGCAGCUUCCCGUGGUAAGAAGACUUUACUUCUAGAGCAGUUUCAUCUUCCCCAUUCAAGGGGUAGCUCACAUGGAACUACUCGACUUGUUCGUCAUGGAUAUCCAUCUGAUGUGUUUGCUAAUUUGAUGCCUGAAGCUUUUGAAAUAUGGUCAGAUGUUGAAAAAAUAGCUGGCAAGGAAUUGAUCAAGAGAGUUGGUCUGUUUUCAACUGAGGUGGCACCUUUGAAUCAACUGAAAUCUCUGGCCACAAAUGUGCAAAAUCUUGGAGUUCCAUGUGAAAUAUUAUCAUCAGCAGACAUUAAAAGAAAGUUUCCAACUUUUAAACUCCAAGGUUAUGAAGGAACCUUUGAACCACAAGGUGGUUUUAUAUUAGCAAAUCAGGCAUUAAGUGCAAUGCAGAGGCAGUUUGUUCAAUUUGGUGGUAAGCUUUCUGAUGGGGAAAAGGUUACUAAGAUUGAACCUGGAAGUGUUGUUUUAAUCCAUACCACAAAAAAUGUGUACCGUGCAAAGUCAGUUAUAAUUACUGCAGGUAAACUUUGGAGGGCACUCCUAACUUACUGGAAACCAACAAACCCAGAAAAGUUUUCAAUAGAAAGUGGAUUUCCAGGAUUUAUUAUUUACGGUGUUGAAGACCAUGACCAUGUGUAUGGGUUUCCUGUGUUUGAGUAUCCAGGACUGCUGAAGGUGUGUCAUCAUGGUGGAAUUGAAAUUUCAUCACCAGAAGCAAGAGAAGAAGCCAGAAAAAAUGAAAAAUUUGUGGAAAGGGUGUCCAAAUUUGUCACUGAUCAUUUUGAUGGGAUUGAGCCUGUUCCAAAGAUAAUAGAACCCUGCAUUUAUACGAUAACUCCUGAUGAUUCCUUUGUUCUUGACCAUCAUCCAUCGCACAAGAAUAUUGUUAUUGGGGCAGGAUUCUCAGGACAUGGUUUCAAGAUGGCUCCUCUUGUUGGUAAAAUAUUAUCCCAGCUUGCUUUGGGAGAAACACCAUCUUAUGACAUGAGGCCAUUUAGAAUUUCAAGAUUCAGCAAUUUAAAGUCGAAUUUGUGAUGUCAUUAAUUCUUUAAGUAGACAAUACUUAAAGUUAAAUCAAUGUUAUUCGAGUUAAAUAUAAUAUCAUUCUCCAUACCUUAAUGAAUAUAAAAUAUCUAUUUUUAUACCUCAAAUAGAGUACAAACACUAAAUGUGUGCAACACUUUCCACUAUUUACUACAAAAUAGUGUUAAUUAAACAAUAGAAAACAAAUUUUUUUUACAAGGAAUAUUAGAUAACAGUCCCAGAAAAAAAAAACAAUCAGUUGCCGUGUUACAUGUGCACGCGUUGUGAUUGGUUGUCUAAAAAUAAAUUAUCGGGACAUCAUUGAUUAUACUUGCCACCGACAAUCAGAUGGUAGUAAAGGUAUGUAUUGUUCUUGUUGAUACUACUUCAGUAGACCUCACAAUAGACAGGAAAAGAAAAUGGACAGGCAACCCAAGUUAAGCAUUUGACUAGUUGAUUUAGCGAUAUCUAGAAUGCAUGUAAAUAUGACAUUUAUUUUUUGAUAGAAAAAAAUAAUUAAAAAACAUCUUUCUUCA